UCUCUAGUAAAAGAACGACUAUCACCACCACGACGAGUGGGUCGUCUCCAACAAGUGGGUCAUCUCCGACUAGAGCCUCAUCUCCGACAACUUCAACAAGUGAUUUGUGGGUUCAUCUCCAACAUCUUCACAAAAAGAUUUUGAUAGUCAUGAGUCAAGAAGGACCUUCAAGAAGAAACAAAGUUACCAAAAAAAGGACAUAUGCUAAACCUGGAACAUUAUCAUCCUUGGUACAACAAAGACGAUCAUUUUUGACAACACAAGAAACUCUUCAGGCUGUGCGGUCAGAGAAAAAGCACUUGCUAAAGUUAAUUGAGAAAGAACAACCAAUUGCAAAAAAACAACAAGUUACACCACAAGCUGAAACAAAUAAACAAUGUGUUGAGGAGCAACCAACUAUAGAGGAGCAACCAAUUAUAGAGGAGGAGGUGCAAAUAGAUUCUACAAGUACUCUUCCAAUAAACGAACAAUCCGAAGAACAAGCUUCAGACCUGUCCACUCAAAAAAAUACGAGAGGUACAACACAAAUGCAAAGUGUACAUGGGAGAAAUGAUCGUAAGCUGGUCCUACUGAACAACAACAAUCAGCCUGUUGGUCCAACCAAAGAUGUUGUUGUAGAGUUAAGUAGCUUCCUUGGCACAUUGGCAAGGAAUGCAACUCUUUGCCCUCUAGACAUAUUAGAUUGGAGGUAUAUGGACACAAAAGAUGAUUUAUGGACAUAUACACAGGAGAAAUAUGCUAUCACUGAUGAUGCAAAAGAAUGGGUGUUAGAAGUAAUUGGAUCUGCUUGGAGAAGACAUAAAUUUGAUUUGAAGAAAUUAUGUUACAAACCUUGUACUAGUCAUGAAGUUCUAAUGGCAAAAACGACCUCCUUAUGUUCCAGAAUGUCAACUUAAGGAACUACUCAAAUAUUGGGACUCCGAUAAACAUAAGAAAAUGUCUGAAACCAAUACUAAGAAUCGGAAAAAGUUGAAGAAUUCACAUACUGCUGGAAAAAUAAGUUUUGCUUUAGUCCGCAAUAAUUUGGAGAAAAAAAAGGAAACUUCUGUAUCACUUAAGGAGCUAUUUGUGGUUACAAGAACAAGACACCCCGAACGUUUGUACAAGGACACAAAUGAAGACACCAUUAGUAAAAUUGCUGAAAUGGAGGAAAUUGAAAAACAACAAAGUGUAGAUGGUAGUGAGUCUGUUGAUGCAUUUUCUUCUGUAAUGGGUCCUGAACAUCCAGGACGUCUUAGAUUAUAUGGACGGGGAGUUACAAAGAGUUCUUUGAAAAGGAAAGCAGGCAAUUCUGAACCAGUUUCAACUACCACAAAUGAUGCAGUACAACAAAUGGAAGAAAGGAUACAGAAAAUGGAGGAACAAAUGGAGGAGAAAAAGAGAACCAUUCAACAAGAUGUUACUGCAAAUAUAAUUGCACAACUUCAACGUGCG